AAUCGGAGUAGACUGCCAGAGUGCAUUUACGAACGCACCCUUAUUAACUGUGUCGAAAUGUAGCAAUAACGUUUUUGAAACCACACGUAAUGUUAUUAUGUUGCCACUGCUAUAAGAUAACAUGACAUUACAAUAUUUAUUUUCCUUUAUUCGCUACAAUGUUUAAAAGGGGAUAAAGAAAAUUGAAACAUAGUUAUGAAUUUGGACCAAUCGUGAACACAUCGCGUGGAUUUUGGACCAAUCAUCGCUUGGAAUUUACCAGCGCACGUUAGGACUUCCGUUUGUCUUUUGAUGUCGUUUGUGUGUGUUAUUUAUUUAAUUGUACGUAAAAAUAGCUGAUUAUUGCACACAAAACACAUGGACUGUGUUACUAAAAUGUAACGGGUCACUGAAACCAUUAACACAUUGCCAACACGAAUAUCAAUAUUGUAGGACGCGUCGCGGACGAAGUUGUCCUUUGUUUUGCCAGCCUGCAGUGCAAGCAAGCUAGCUAAACCUGAAACUAAACUAGCAUCUCUAAAUAGUGUUCUUUCUUGGAAAAUCUGAGUCAGUUCAGCAACUACAAAAAGCAAAAUGACUUCAGCCUCAACGAAGGUUGGAGAGAUCUUCUCAGCAGCAGGAGCAGCUUUCACUAAGCUGGGUGAACUGACCAUGCAGCUGCAUCCCGUGGCUGACUCCAGCCCUGCAGGAGCUAAGUGGACGGACACUGAGAUUGAGCAGCUGAGAUCGACGGUGGUGAGAUUUGGUGAUGACCUGAACUCUCUCAGCUCUGUCAUCAAGGAGCGUACCGUGGCUCAGAUUAAAACCACAGUCAAGAGGAAGCUCUAUGACGAGAGUGGGAUGCCCAUCUCCACCGACUCCCCAAAGAAGGCCGUGAAGAAGACUGCUGUCACCAUGGCCACCACGGCUACUCCAACUGUCAUCGCUGUGCCAACUGCUCAGGUCGUCUUGCCGGCAGGUCUCCAGGGCAACGUGACCGUGGCUCCUCCCGCUAUGAAGAAACAGAAGACCUCAGACGUGACCCUGAGCGCUCUGAAUGACUCUGAUGUGAACUCUGACCUAGAGGGACUGGGAGAGGGAUCCAACUCCAAGAAACUCAACUUCGAUCAGGACAACCUGAACCUCGAUUCCGGCCUCAUCAUGAACUCAAGUGACCUGCCGCUCCUCUCUCGUUGACCUCUCACCAUUUGACCUUCAGAAGACCUCUUGGCUCCAUCCCAAAUGGCACCCUAUUUCCUACAUAGUGUACUACUUUUGACCAGAUCCCCAUGUACCCUGGUCAAAUGCAGUGCACUUAAUAGGGUGCAAUUUGAGCAGCCCAGGCAUCUCUUCUAUGAACAACAGCUGAGAUCCUUCAGAAGAUUUGCUUUGGCAGAUCUCUAUGGGUGUGUCUAAAAAGGCACCCUAUUCCCUAUUUAGUGCACUGCUUUUGGCCAGGGCCUAUGAUGCUAUUGCUCUGGCAAAAUAAUUAUUUCAGACACAAAUUUCUCUUGCAUGAGGAAUGUGUUGGUGGAUGUAAAUAGUGUUAUUUUCUUGCAUACCUAGUUUUUUUUGUACCAUGCAAAAAGCCACUGUGCAGUGAGUCUAGGGUCCAGGCCGAUACGAGUGACCAAGGCCUGUAGUGUGUCAAUUGCCACUCUUGGUUUAUGGCUAUACAUGAAUUAUGAUGUUGAUACCCAUCGUCAAAAAUAUUCCUUUAUCUAGGCAGCCCUGCGAAUGUCCCUUUGACAAUGCCACAAUUGUAAACUGUUGUAUACUUAAGCAAUAAGGCCUGGUAUAUGGCCAAUAUACCACGGCUAAGGGUUGUUCUUAUGCAUGAUGCAAUGCGGAGUGCCUGGCUACAGCCCUUAGCUGUGGUAUAUUGGCCAUAUCACAAACCCCAGAAGAGCCUUACUGCUAUUAUAAACUGGUUACCAAUGUAAUUAGAGCAGUAAAAAUACAUAGUCACCCCUGUGGUAUAUGGUCUGAUAUACCAUGGCUUUCAGCCAAUCAGAAUUCAGGGCUCAAACCAGUUUAUAAUGGAUCAUUGAGUUAUUCAUGAAAUCCACCACUAAAGACAACUGUUUGAAAUUCCUACUGGAUAAUGUCGCUAUGAACUCAGAAUUGUUUAGUGUACAGUAUUUUCCUUUCUAUGAAACACUGUGGCAAAUAACAUUGAUCAAAACAUGACCCACCUUCAUCYUUCAGUUCCCCCCCCCCMAAAAAAACAUUUGUCCCUGCCAAACCUUUGUAGUUUUGUAUAGAGGCCUCUCUAAAGACAGUGAUGAUAAAAUUACUUGUGUGACUUGCUGAAUUAUGGUGAAUAAAGUUGAAUUUAAUACAA